CUCAGUGGGGUUUGCUUACUUCCACCCGAGGGGACUUCACCGUCAGCCCGGGCAAGACCGCCACGCCGGUGCCACACCGCCUCCAUCACCACUGGUGUCUGCAAACUGCCCUGAGCAACAAGCAAGCAUGGCUCCUUUUGAGAAAUCCAUGGAGAUGAUGCCCUUCAAGCAGAGGAAGUGCCUUGCAACAAGAAAAGAUGAAGUGUGCAGUAUUCGCUCAAAAUUCCCCAACAAGUUGCCUGUGAUUGUUGAACGUUACAUCCGUGAGAAGACCCUCCCCCUGCUGGACAAAACUAAGUUUCUGGUUCCCUUUGAGCUCACUUUGGGUCAGUUCCUCUGCCUGCUCAGGAAUAAGAUCGCUCUGGACUCCACCCAGGCUCUGUUCCUCCUGGUGGCAGAGAAGAGCAUGUCCUGCAUGUCCUCCAGCAUGGGCGAGGUAUAUUCCCAACACAGAGAUACAGACGGCUUCCUCUACAUCACCUACGCCUCGCAGGAGAUGUUCGGAGCACCUCAUCUGGCAGCGAGGCCGCCCUGCUGAGCCUGACACAGAUAUAUGAACUGACCAACAGUGGAGACACCACAUGACCAAGCUGGAGAAAAAGGACCAACUGAGCCAAACUGACGCUGUUGUUUUAUUCCAGUUUUGUAGCCCCACAACUGCACAUCUGCCUACCUCAUCAAACUUCUCUGGACUUAUAAACAAAUAAAAUCAGCUGGUUGGCUCUUCGGCAGGCCAAAACUGCACUGGGGUGGACAAGGCUCAUCCUUUGAAGACUUUGGUUUGGACUGAUUCUAUGAUUGGCUUAUAUAAUGAUGAGACAUUAGGAGAAAGAGUUCUACUCAAUACAGAAAGUAUUGUUUGAAGUUAAACAGUGUAGAAGUAGCAACACACUGAGUGUAGUGAUUGUACUGUUCCAAAAACAAGAAAAUAUUAAAAUCACAAUAUCAGUAUUGUCCCUUCUGUUAGGCUGUAAGCAAAAACUGUUUUCAUGUUGCUGUAAUGGUAGUACAGCCUGUCUAGUGGAGCUUCACAUCCUUCUCCACCCAACAACAACAGGGUAAAUAUCUUAGCUGGCUAUCAGAUUCCUUCUUAGCACUUAUCUCCCCUUUAUCCUCUCCUUUUUUUAAAAUUGCUCCUUCGUCCUCCCUCGAGAAUGUGAAACUGUCCCACAGAUUCAUCAUUACAGGAAUUUCUGAGUCGCUCUUGGAUGUCAUUUAUUGCUGCUCUGAUGUGUUCUGUAUCAAACUUAUCACAGAAUAAAUUCUCGCUCUUUGAA